UUAAAAUCCCUGAUACCGACCCUGGUACGUGAGACUCAAACCAGCUUCGUUCCGGGACGUCAUAUUACUGACAAUGUUUGCAUUUUACAAGAGGUAGUUCACUCUAUGCGCGCAAAGAAAGGUCAGAAAGGUUGGAUGACACUAAAGAUCGACUUGGCUAAAACAUACGACUGCAUCAGAUGGGAUUUCGUGCAAGACACACUGCAAGCGGUGGGGGCUCCUACGCUGUUACAAUGACUUGUUACAAUGGCUUGCAUCACUUCGUCUACGAUGCAAGUUCAAUGGAAUGGCGGACUCAGUGACUCCUUCUCCCCUACGAGAGGAUUAUGCCGGGGUUGCCCUCUAUCUCCAUAUUUAUUCACUCUAUGUAUGGAAAGGCUGAGCCAUCUGAAUGAAAACUCAGUUAGAACUGGAAGUUGGAAACCGGUGAAGCUUAGUGCGGGUGGACCAGCACUUUCUCACCUCUUCUUUGCAGACGAUCUCAUUUUGUUUGGGGAGGCGACUAUUGACCAGGUACAGGCGAUCCUGCACUGCUUUGAAAAUUUUGGUGCGGCUUCUGGGUAGCAAGUAAGCAAGCCAAAAUCCAGGGUGUCUUUUCGGCUAAUGUCACUGCGCCUUCUCGACACAGCUUGACUGCAGCGCUUGGCAUUCCCAAAACAGCCAACCUGGGGCACUAUUUGGGAGUACCGGUGAUCCAUGACCAAGUUUACAAAGCUACAUAUACGGCUUUAAUUGACAGGAUUGAUUCGAGACUCGCAGGCUGGAAAGCAGCAACUAUGUCGCUAGCAGGACGCAUCACCCUAGCGCAAUCAGUCCUCUCCUCACUCCCAGUGUAUACCAUGCAGACUGCCUUCCUCCUUGCUAGUGUACGGGAUUAUAUUUAUCGGAAGAUCCGAGCCUUUGUUGGGGAAGCACGGAUCAAGGGAAGAAAAUCCACUUAGUGGACUGGGAGACGAUCUGUCGGCCUAAAGCGGAAGGUGGCCUGGGGCUUAGAGACUCAACUAGGACUAACGAAGCUUAUAUGCUAAAAAUUGCUUGGCGUCUCAUCACCAAGCCGGAGGAGAUGUGGGCCAGAGUUGUUCGUGCCAAAUACCUCCGCCAAACGACUGAUGGCUGGGUUGCUAGAUCAUCGGGUUGCAUCUCUAACCUAUGGAGAGGAGUUCUUCGGGUUCUCCACCUGGUGGAGGGAGCUACAAGCUGGAACAUUAGGAACGGGAAGUUGGUGAGGUUCUGGAGUGAUAGGUGGCUGGCCAACGGAAGCAUCCUCAAGGAUUUAGCCCCAAAUGUCCCGGAAGCGCUACUUCAAAUGCCAGUCGUGGAGUUCGGGCUGAAUGGUGAGUGGAAUAAAGAUUUCCUAAAUGCUUACUUACCCCCGUCUACUGUUUUGCAGGUGUUGUUGCAUCCUGUUCCCACCGAGGCUGAGGACGACGUGCGAGUCUGGCGGCUCACAGAAGAUGGUGUAUUCUCCUUACGCAUAGCCUAUGCGAUCACCGACAUGGGAGAUGCACCAGCGAUGGGCACCCGGUGUGGAGGGCCCUUUGGCGGACGACAACAAUGCAGCGAGUGCGGAGCUUCCUUUGGCUGAUGAACCAUAGCCGACUGCUCACCAAUGCAGAACGAUAUAGGAGACUACCUCACAAACAACGAUGGAUUCAAAAUCUGCGGAGGAGAGAACGAGACGACGAUGCACAUCAUGCGCGAUUGUCCAUUUUCCAGAACGACUUGGGCGAAUCUACUAGAGGGAGAGCCAGACGCAAGUUUUUUUUAGCCAGACACCAAUUGCUGGUCCCUGCAUUACCUGUCUGGGCGCAACAAUAUUAUCGAUUCUGCUUUGUUUGCAGGUACGUGUUGGCUUCUGUGGAAAAAUCGGAAUAGCUUCUUAUUUGAAGGAAAGAUGAAAACCUAUCCACAAAUCCAGUUCGACACCAAGCAGCUCAGAAACCAGAUUCAGUCUGCAUUCGAGAAAGAAAGCCGUAUUUUUGGAGAUGGGGGACUCCACGAGCGGCAACUCAUUUGCUGGAAGCAACCACAGGAAGGCUGUGUGUGUAUCAAUACCGAUGGUUCAGUGGUACACUCUCAAGGAAGUACGACCUGUGGCUGCAUCAUGAGGGGAGACGAUGGACGCUUUAGUAGAGCUUUCUCGGCGAACCUUGAAGGGGAUUCAAUCACGAGGGCAGAGCUGGCUGGAAUUGUGCAUGGGUUGAAGCUUUCCUGGGAAGAAGGGGCUAGGAAGGUUGUCCUACAGACAGGCUCGCUGGCCUUGAUAGAGUCGGCCACUCCUACUCACCCACAUUACAGGAGUGUCGCGGAAAUAAGACACUAGAUUAACAGGGACUGGCAAGACUCUAUAUUUCCACACCCAGGUGAGUUAAAUGGUCUCACUCUUCAUAAGCAGGACCCAUAGCAUUCUUGCAAUACACGUUUGAUUCCAGGUAGUCAAUUCUUUAAUACCCAGGCCCCCUUCCCUUCGAGAACGUGCCAUCCUCUCCCAACCAAUUUUUGAUUACCUUCAUCACCUCCAUGCCUUAAGAAUUGAGAGCAGAGAGUGUGAACCUUUUUAAGACUUUCUUGGGCAGUAAAAAUACUUGCUUCCAAAAGACCAGAACUGCAACACCCCCAUCCAUACUGAAGUGAUCAAUUGAAGACGACUAGCAUAACUCAGCCGUUUUACACGCCAAUAUUUUAUCUUAUGGGUGAUUUUGGCCACCAGUUUCUCACAAUCAAUAGAGGAUAAUUUUUGUGAAAUCAAGGGCAAGCCAAAGUACCUCACUAGCAUAGUCCCUUUUUGAAAUCCCGAAAAGAGAAAAUUGCAUUGCUCUUGUACAGAAAUGAAGACCCACCAAAGUAAACCUCGCAUUCUUCUGGGUUGCAAUUGAGGCCAGAUAGACUAUGAAAAUCAGACAAAACCUGUUGUACUUUAGUUAUAGUGCUAGUCACCCAUUAGUGAAAAUCAGAAGGUCGUCGACAAAGCUUAAAUGAGCCAGAGCUAUGGAACGGUAACUCUCCAACAGCUUCAAAUGCAUUCAACAAUAAAGACCUUUCAUAGCUAUCAUGAAAAGGUAGGGUGACAAAGAAUCACCCUGUCUUAACCCCUUCUCGAGAACCAAAACACUCACAAAGACUUCCAUUCACACUAAUGCUAACUUUUGUUGUUUUCACACAGAUUUUGAUCUAGUUCAUAUAGCACAUAGGAAAUUCAAUUUCCUCCAUCAUCAUAAAAAAUAAGUUCCAAUUAACAAAAUCAAAUGCCUUCAUAAGAUCAAUCUUUAUAGCACACCGAGAAGAAAUGUUUAUUCUAUGA